AAUAUCUUCAUUCUUUCAUUGCAUCAAAACUUCAUUCAUUCAUUCAUCCCACACCCCUUUUCAGGGGAAGAGGAUCAUCUCUAACAUCUCCAAAUUUCAAGAAAAGACUAAAAAAAGGACUAGUUUUGAGAGAUUUUGUUGUGAGAAAUGGAUACAGGGGAACUUUACAGAGCUAGCAAUAGCUUGAGAGCACCUAGUACGAGAGGAGGAAGCGCUAGCUACCGCGCAAACAGCUCCAACAUAUGGAGAAACACGGGAAUGGAGGUCUUCUCCCGCUCUGCCCGUGAGGAGGAUGACGAGGAGGCCUUGAGGUGGGCGGCCCUCGAGAAGCUUCCCACCUUCGACCGCCUCAGGAAAGGCCUCAUCUUCGGAUCAAAGGGCGCCAACGAGAUUGAGAUCGAGAAUCUCGGGUAUGAUGACAAGAGGAAGUUGGUGGAGAGGUUGGUCACCAAUGUGGAGGAUGAUAAUGAGAAGUUCUUGCUCAAGCAUAGGAACAGACUUGAUAGGGUUGGGAUUGAAAUACCAACAAUUGAAGUGAGGUUUCAGAAUCUCAACAUUGAUGCACAUGCCUAUAGUGCAAAGAGAUCUCUUCCUACUUUCAUCAAUUUCAACAUCAACAUAAUAGAGGGAUUUCUAAACACCCUUCACUUACUCCCUAGCCAAAAGAAGCCCUUCACAAUUUUGAAAGAUGUUAGUGGGAUAAUCAAGCCAAGUAGGAUGACUUUGCUCUUAGGCCCUCCAAGCUCUGGGAAAACAACCCUUUUGCUUGCUCUGGCUGGAAAGCUUGAUGAAUCACUUCAAGUAUCUGGCAAAGUAACUUAUAAUGGACAUGGGAUGGAAGAGUUUAUACCACAAAAAACUGCAGCAUACAUUAGCCAGCAUGAUCUUCAUAUUGGAGAAAUGACCGUUAGAGAAACGUUAGCGUUUUCUGCUCGAUGUCAAGGGGUUGGCUCUCGCUACGAGAUGCUGGCUGAACUAUCAAGGAGAGAGAAAGCAGCCAACAUUAAACCAGAUCCUGAUAUUGACAUCUACAUGAAGGCGGCGGCGACGGAAGGAGACGCCGCAAAUGUCGUCACCGACUACGUACUCAAGGUCCUCGGACUCGACAUCUGCGCCGACACACUGGUCGGCGACGAGAUGGUCCGAGGAAUCUCCGGCGGCCAGAAAAAGCGAGUCACGACCGGAGAAAUGCUGGUGGGGCCCGCCCGCGCCCUCUUCAUGGACGAAAUCUCCACCGGCCUCGACAGCUCCACCACUUUCCAAAUCGUCAACAUGCUCCGGCAGCAGGUCCACAUCAUGAAGGGCACCGCCUUCAUCUCCCUCCUGCAGCCCGCGCCGGAGACCUACGACCUCUUCGACGACAUCCUCCUCCUCUCCGACGGCCAGGUCGUCUACCAAGGCCCCCGCGAACAAGUCCUCGCCUUCUUCGAAUCCGUCGGCUUCAAAUGCCCGGACCGGAAAGGAGUCGCCGAUUUCUUACAAGAGGUCACGUCGAAGAAGGACCAGGAGCAGUACUGGGCCCGCCGCGACCAGCCCUACCGCUACAUUUCGGUCAAGGAGUUCGCGGACGCGUUCAAGUCCUCCGUCGUCGGGAGGAGCCUCUCGGAGGAGCUAUCCGUGCCGUACGACAAGAGCAAGAGCCAUCCCGCGGCUUUGACCACGGAGAAAUUCGGUUUGGGGAAGAAGGAGCUUUUCAAAGCAUGCAGUGACAGAGAGUACUUAUUGAUGAAGAGGAACUCGUUUGUUUACUUCUUCAAGUUGUUCCAAAUAACGGUCAUUUCCCUUGUUGCGAUGACGGUUUUCUUCCGGACUGAGAUGAGCAAGGAGACUAUAGCAGACGGCGGCAUCUACACCGGCGCUCUGUUUUUCACUGUGAUUAUGGUGAUGUUUAACGGAAUGGCGGAUCUGGCUAUGACGAUUUAUAAGCUCCCGGUGUUUUACAAGCAGAGGGAUAUGUAUUUCUUCCCGCCGUGGGCUUACGCGAUUCCCUCGUGGGUGUUGAAGAUUCCGAUCACCUUCGUUGAAGUUGGUAUUUGGGUUUUUUUGACCUACUACGUCAUCGGAUUCGAUCCUAAUGUUACGAGAUUUUUGAAGCAGUAUUUGUUGUUGCUGGUUGUGCAUCAAGCGGCCUCGGCGUUGUUCAGAUUCAUUGGAGCUGCGGGGAGGAACAUGAUCGUUGCGAACACAUUUGGUUUGUUUGCGUUGCUUCUCCUCUUUGCAUUGGGUGGUUUUGUGCUGUCACGAGAGGAUGUGAAGUCAUGGUGGAUUUGGGGAUACUAUGCUUCACCAUUGAUGUAUUUCCAGAAUGCAAUUUUAGUGAAUGAAUUCACAGGCCACAGCUGGAGCAGAAUCGUAAACGGGACAGCGUUAGGGAUUCGUGUCAUGGAAUCCCGAGGAUUCUACACUGACACGUAUUGGUACUGGAUUGGAGUAGGAGCUUCUGUUGGUUUCGUGUUCCUAUUCAACAUUAUGUACCUUGCUUCUCUCACUUUUCUCAAUGCGUUCGACAAGCCUCAAGCUGUCUUACCCGAAGAGGAAGACGAUCAUGUAUCCUUAACCACAGGAGAAGGCGUUGUUGCGACUGGGAACGACAACAGAGGAAUGGUGCUCCCAUUCAAGCCACAUUCCAUCACAUUUGAUGACAUUAGAUACUCGGUUGACAUGCCAGCAGAAAUGAAAGCUCAAGGAGCUACUGAAGAUAGACUCGAGCUGUUGAAGGGUGUGAGUGGAGCUUUUAGGCCUGGUGUUCUCACAGCUUUGAUGGGAGUUAGUGGAGCAGGUAAAACCACACUGAUGGAUGUGCUGGCCGGAAGGAAAACAGGCGGUUACAUUGACGGAGAGAUUACAAUCUCCGGGUAUCCAAAGAACCAAGCAACAUUCGCUAGGAUCUCUGGAUAUUGUGAACAGAACGAUAUCCAUUCACCAAAUGUUACUGUGUACGAGUCCCUCGUUUACUCAGCAUGGCUGCGUCUGCCAAGCGAAGUGGAUUCAGAGACAAGAAAGAUGUUUAUUGAGGAGGUGAUGGAGCUAGUAGAGCUCAAGAGUUUGAGAGGAGCACUAGUAGGAUUACCAGGUGUCAGUGGUCUUUCAACCGAGCAACGGAAGAGGCUAACAAUAGCGGUUGAGCUUGUGGCGAAUCCUUCAAUCAUAUUCAUGGAUGAGCCCACUUCAGGGCUAGAUGCCCGAGCUGCUGCAAUCGUGAUGAGAACGGUCAGGAACACUGUCAACACUGGACGAACUGUGGUUUGUACAAUCCAUCAGCCUAGCAUCGACAUUUUUGAAGCGUUUGAUGAGUUAUUCUUGAUGAAACGAGGAGGUGAAGAAAUCUACGUUGGACCUUUGGGCCGUCAAUCAAACCAUCUGAUCAAAUACUUUGAAUCGGUUGAAGGAGUAUCAAAGAUCAAAGAAGGCUACAAUCCAGCUACAUGGAUGCUUGAAGUCACCACUUCCGCUCAAGAACUGAUGCUCGGGGUCGACUUCGUUGAUCACUACAAGAAAUCUGACCUAUACCAGAGGAACAAAGCCUUGAUCAAGGAACUGAACGUCCCUCGCCCUGGCACGCAAGAUCUCUAUUUCGCAUCACAGUACUCUCAAUCUUUCCUCACGCAAUGCAUUGCUUGCCUGUGGAAACAACACUGGUCUUACUGGAGGAAUCCUCCCUACACGGCCGUCAGAUUCCUGUUCACAAUGUUUAUUGCUAUCAUCUUCGGCACCAUGUUCUGGGACCUCGGCUCUAAAUGGGACACACAGCAAGAUCUGCUAAACGCAAUGGGUUCCAUGUAUGCUUCCAUCAACUUCUUGGGAUUCCAGUAUGGUUCCACAGUUCAACCCGUGGUGGCCAUCGAGAGAACCGUGUUCUACAGAGAGAGAGCAGCCGGAAUGUACUCAGCCUUACCCUAUGCAUUCUCACAAUUUCUGAUCGAGAUUCCUUACGUCUUUGUCCAAUCCGUCAUCUACGGCCUCAUUGUCUACUCCAUGAUGGGAUUCGACUGGACCGCUGAAAAAUUCUUCUGGUUCUUAUUCUUCUUCUUCAUGUCGUUGCUCAACUUCGUCCUCUAUGGCAUGAUGACUGUCGCGGUCACUCCCAACCACAACGUCGCCUCCAUCAUCUCGUCCUUCUUCUACGGAAUCUGGAACCUCUUCUCAGGAUUCGUCGUCCCACGUCCAAGGAUCCCAAUAUGGGUGAGAUGGUACUACUGGGCAACUCCGAUGGCGUACACCUUGUACGGCAUGAUCAUCACACAGUUCGGAGAGAUUGAGGAUGUCAUGACUGACCAAAACGUCAGUGUGAAACAGUUCUUGAAAGACUACUUUGGUUUCGAGAAGGGCCAGCUCGGAUUGGUGGCCGGAAUGGUUGUCGGAUUCGUUGCUCUUUUCACUUUCAUCUUCGCCUUCUCCAUUCGGACAUUCAACUUUCAGAGAAGAUGAUCGAGGCGGCCAUCGCCAUUUAUCUUCAUUUCACUAAAUUGUAGUAUUAGUAUAUAUCUGAAAUGUGAUUGUUGCUUUAUCCAAUUAAUUAAUUACUAUAGCUUUUUUUCACUUCUUUGUACACUAUCUAUCACAUGAUAGAGAUGUGAAAUGUUCUUUUGCAAAUUUUCUUGGAAUAAAUGAAAUCUUAUUUAUUAAGUAUUUUUA